AUGUGUUUUACAUGUCUGUCCAGUGAUGCAGAUAUUGCUGAACAUAUUGAUCGACAAAAUACCAUAACUUUUUGCCCGAAAUGCGAGCGUUAUUUAAACCCACCAUCGAACUGGGUUUCUGCCGAGCCGGAGUCACCAGAGUUGCUUUCGUUAUGCAUCAAGAAGAUUCGUGGAAUUAAGAAGGGUUUGGACGUUCGAAGCGCUAGGUUUAUCUGGACGGAGCCUCAUAGUAGAAGAAUAUCUAUAGAGGUAACUGUACAAGGUACAUUGCAAACAGGUGAUCGUGUUGAGCAACAAAUUCCAAUCGAUUUCACAGUUCAUACUCAACAAUGUACAUCGUGUACUCGUAGCGCUGCCAAAGAUUACUGGAAUGCCUGCGUUCAAGUUCGUCAAAAGGUUGAUCAUAAAAAAACACUACUGCAUCUAGAACAAGUCAUUCUUCGUUCUGGUAUGAACAAAACUUGUUCAAAUAUUAAACAAGUUUCAGGAGGUAUUGACUUCUUUUUCAGUACUCGUUCACAAGCGGUCACCUUUGUGAAUUUUCUCUCCAAACGUUCCCCUUGCCGCUGUCAAACUGCACAACAUUUAAAAUCUCAUGAUGUAAAUAAUAAUACUUACAAUUAUAAAUAUACAUUUUCUCUGGAGAUUGCACCAGUUUGUAAGAAUGACAUAGUUUGUUUAUCUCGAGCUCAGUCACAAAAAUUGGGUGGUAUAAAUCAAUUGUGCGUUGUUAGCAAAGUUACCGAUGCUAUACACCUGAUUGAUCCUUUUACAUGUCAAGUUUGCUAUGUAGACAGUAAGGCUUAUUUUGCAUCGCCAUUCAUGUCAAUUACAACACAAAAACAUCUUUCAUCAUUUGUUGUACUUGAAAUUGAAGAACAAAGAGAUGAUUGUAGCCAAAUGGGCUCUUCUAGAAAAUCAUAUACUACAUCAAGUACUUCAUAUCCAGUUGGUGCUAAAUUGUCUAAAAAGCAUUCACCAGUCUCUGUAUGGGUAAUGAAAGAUCCAACUAACGAAACAGGUGCAAUUCAACUUGAUAAUGAAUCUGACAGUGGUAUGAUUCAUACUAGAUCACAUCUUGGUCGCAUUUUACAUCCUGGAGACAAAGUACUUGGGUUAGACCUCAGAAAUUGUAAUAUAAACAAUACAGAAUUUGAAAAACUUCCAGAAGAUAAAAUUCCUGACAUUAUACUAGUUUUACGACCUAGUCAGUCGAAGAAUACAGCUGGAGAGAAAAACAAUGGACCAAGUAAACAUAAACGCAUUCGAAAGCAUUCAUUGACUACGGCAGAUUCUGAAUGCGAUACCUCUUCCCAGGUAGUGUGUACAAACUCUUCAUCAUCUGAAGAUGACUAUGUAUCAUUUGACGAGGAGGAUGAGGAUGCGACACUUGAAUUUCCAAUUAUGGAUGUUAAUUUUGAAGUUUAUACAGAUGAUAAUAAUCUGUUAAGUGACAAGAGAGCUCGGACUUGA